CUAUGCCAUUGCCGCAAAGCACUUCGGCGUUGUGACUGUCGUGGAGUCGGUGGCUAAUAGUCAACGGUUAUUUGACAGAAGGAUUCUGGUAAACGGAGACGUUUCUAUUUAUUUUAACAGUUUAGUAGCUGUUAAUCAAGAUGGCGGAAAAGUUUGACAACCUGGAGGAGCACCUGGAGAAAUUCAUCGAGAAUAUUCGACAGUUGGGAAUCAUCGUCAGCGACUUCCAGCCGAGCAGCCAAGCAGGACUCAACCAGAAACUAAACUUCAUGAUAUCCGGUCUGCAAGACAUCGAGAAGUGCCGUCAGCAACUGCAUGAGAUCAAUGUGCCGCUGGAGGUCUUUGAAUACAUCGACCAAGGUCGAAACCCUCAGCUGUAUACCAAGGAAUGUCUGGAGAGAGCCUUGGCGAGGAACGAGCAGGUCAAAGGGAAGAUCGACACUAUGACGAAAUUUAAGAGCCUUCUAAUCUCCGAGCUCAGCAAAGUGUUUCCAGAGGAGAUGGUGAAGUAUAAGGCGAUUCAUGGAGAGGAUGCCCCCUCCUAGUGACUGCUGCACCAUGACCCCUGACCUCCAACCUGUGACCCUUGAAAUGAAAGCCUGAGUGGAGUUUGAUCAAGCAGGUUCCUCUGUGGUCGCCCGCGGAAUAUGAUAAUAACCCAUUAUUAUUUUUGUUAAAUAUCGUGAUGCUGUUGCUGACUGGUACCCUGAGGGGGAAGGUUUUGUUCCUGCUCAAUGUGCUGACUCAGCCAAUCCUGUCCUUCCUCUACAUUUCAACUUCAUUUUAAGGAAUCCAGAUUAUUAGCAGGUGUUUGGGAGGAGCAGAGAGGAAGCACAUCACUUUCAGCUGCUUGUUACCAGGAGACACAUUUGUGUUUAACGUCCCUUUUGAUGCAUCCACUCAGCUCGCAGCAGAAGCAGUUUCUACAACUCCCAACUGUACAGAAGAAAAUAUUCAAGAGCUGCGAGGCACCUGUCUGAUUCUGCAUUAAGGACUCCAUCAGUUGUACAUACAGUAUAUUUAUACUCUCUACCUUUUGUAAGGCUUCCUGUCAUUGUGCAACAUGCAUUUGUACCACACAUGACAUUUUGUAUCAAGCUCAGGUUUCUAAUCUCCAUGAUUAUUGAAUGCAAACGCUAUCUGCUCUCGAUAAUUCUGUGCCUGAUCGCUCGACAUGGUCAGAAAUGAGUCCAUUCUUUAUUUGUAACUUGUUUAUAUUAUAAGAAUUUUUGUUAAUAAAUGAUCCUUGUUGGACUGAU